AUGCGCAUCAACAACCUUCUUCUCGCGGGCCUCGCGGCCUUCUCGAGCCCCGAGCACGUCAAGGUCGGCGGCUUGGACUCCUGCAAGUUCAACUCAAUGUCCACCUUGUACGACGCUCCCGCCAAGAUCAAGUACGUCUGCGGGCGCGUGGGCGGCAUGGCCCCCCAGUGCGUCGAGCUCGACCUCACGAAGUGCGUGGGAAACAAGGAUGGUCAACUUAGCAUCAUGACUGGAGAUCGCUGGACUCCUUAUAGAGAAUUCCCGAAUACUUGCAAGCUGUGCGAGUACGACCAGAAAAGGGCCAAGCUAUCGUGUAUCUGCACCGAUCUCCAAGGCAAGACCUUCGACCGCUCUACCGUUAACCUUGGUGAUCACAUCAAAAACAAUGAUGGUAUCCUAAGUGGCCCCUUCCCCGCGUGUCGCUCCGAGUUUUCUUCGUGUCCCUAG